GGGCAUUUUUAGAGAGAGAAGAGAAGUUUCGAGAGAGGAGAGCGACGAGGAGAGCGAUGGAAGUUCUGAGCGAUGAGAGUGUUGUGGAGCGUGUUCUUGGAUCUCCGGAGCUUCUGUGCUGCAGUGAUUUCAGGAGUGUGAGAGAGGUCCUGGUAGGAAUGUACGGGGUGAAAGAGUCUCUCUUUUCUGAGAUCGCUCCUUUGGAUGAAUCUCCCCCAGAUCGCGCAAGAACGGAGAUCGCGCAGCGUCUCGCGAGCAUUCUUACUAGGGCUCCAAGCCCCAUGGCGCCAGAGAUUAUGCAGCUCUUGUCCAUGCUCGAAGAGCUGGAUCCAGAGCUCGUGGAAGUGGAUCGCCGCUGGCUACGCCUGGUUGCAGACGUGAACCGCCGAUAUAGCUGCUUUGUCGGUGUGGGUGUCGAGCCCAACGGGCCCAUGGGAAUCCAGCGCGGACUUUGGGGGCAGCGGAUCGUGACCUACUACAUGGAUAUCCCGGAGCUUGGACUGCUCGACUACAAGGCAACGUACACUUGCGACCAAUUCAAGAAUCCACUAAGCUACAGUGGCACGCGAGAUAUCUUCUUGGUCUCCGCUGCUGAGGGACUUGUGAAUCGUCCUCCUGCCCUUCUUGGGCCAUUUGUGACCCGUGGUGAUCGUGCUGCUGCUGAUGCCUUUGCUGCCGCUGCCGAGGCCGAGGUCGAGGAACGCCCUGCCGGCGCUGAGGCCGAGGUCGAUGUCGAGGAACGCCCUGGCGGCGCUGAGGCCGAGGAAGAACGCGUGGAAAUGGAGAUGGAACUCUAGAAACUUCUGCUUGAACGAUGUUUGUAAAAAUUUUGAUCGAAAUCCCAAUGCAGCUCACGCCUCGCGCGAGGCCGAUUCCAAA